AUGACAGACACUAGCACUUUGCUGGCGGAAUUUUUCAAAACUAUUGCAGAAAUGCAAAACACUGUCCAAGACGAAAUUACAAAGAUAUUUGAGGGUCUUAUUGAUGAGGCCGAAAAUAUGUAUAAUAAUUAUCAAAAUGAAUCAGUUGGCACGAAGAAACGUAAAAUAGAGAUCCCAGCUACUCAAGCCAUUCAACUAAAUUCCACAAAUAAUCUUGGAACGAAACAUAAAAUAGAAAUUCCGAUUCCCCAAGCUAUUCAGCCCAUCCCCAUAAGUAAUUUUGGAGCGAAGCCAAAAAUAGAGACUCAAGCUCCCCAAGGAAUUCAGCCUAAUCACAUAAAUAAUCUUGGAGCCAAGCAUAAAAUAGAGAUUCCGACUUCCCAAGCAAUUCAGCCUACUCCUACAAGUAAUCUUGUAGCAAAACAUAAAAUAGAGAUUCCUCAAGCAAUUCAACUUAAUCCAAUAAAAAAGGUUGGGUUUAAAGAAACCCCAAAAGUGAAAGUUCCAAGCCAAAACGGAAAUAAAAAUAAUUUCGAGACAUCUAACCCUAUCAUGCAAACUCCACCCUCUAAUAAUAUUCCUGAUUCAGAAGAGAAAAAAGAGGCGAAAAUAAUAAACGGCCAGUUGGUCUUCGUUAAAACAUCUAGCAAUAUCGAAGCUCCAAAAGUGAAACCUUUUGAGUUUAUUAAACCGCUUCAUGCUCAUGUUCCCAUAUCUGAACCUCUUCCUGAGAUCAAGCCAGAAAUUAAACUAAAAUUACCAAAUGUGCCAAAAUCAGAUUACAAAAUCAUCAACUGUUCAAGCAUGAUAAACAAAUCAAGAGAAAUCCCUACAAAAAGGCCAAAAAAAGAAAAACCCAUCGACAUCAGGGCUGAAUUGAAAAGAAAAUACACCCCUCUCCUUGAAAACAUAAAAGAAGAAAUAAAAAAACUCUACAGCAAAGGUAUAGAUCCAACAAUAAUUUCCAAGCUUUUUCAAAUUUCCUCACAUUUAGUCCACUCUAUUGGGAAUUGGGGGCAGCUCACCAGUAAUGAAAUAAGAGGAAAAAUCGAUCUAAAGGCCCAAGUCUUUUCUUUAUUAGCAGCUGGAGCUUCUCCACAGAAUAUCUGUAUCAAGCUGAACCUCUCCCGAGGAGAAUUCGUAAAUUUAACUGAAGAAAUCCCUAUCUACUCAAUAAUAAAAUCCCCAAAAGCAAAAAUCGAAUUUUAUGAACUCAUCAAAGACUCUGACCUUCCAAAACAAACGCUUUCAGAACUCACAGGAAUCCCUCAGCCCAAGCUAUGAAAAUGGAAAGAAAAAGUCGAAGCCAACAUCCCUCUAAGUGACGAAGAUUCUGUAAACUCUGACGGAGAAUUCUCAAGAGAAACCAUCAAAAAAGCACUCGCCUGCUUAUACGCCACACAGUCAAUAGAACAAGCUGCUAAGGCUGCUGAGGUGCAGAAUAAAGACAAGAUUUUAGAAUGGAAAAGAAAAUUUAAAGAAAAAAGAUAA